AUGAAAAUUGCCGAAGAAGAUCGGUUCUUUAAGGAGCUGCUCUACUUCAAGAAUUUGUUCAAGGCUGGUCUGAUCGGUAGGGUCGAACACGACCGAAGAGUGAGGGAGGAAGAGGAAGAAGAAAAGAGGCAGAUGGCAGGUGGGAGGCCGAUGAGUGAGGCUACCAGGCGGCGGCUGGAGGGGCAGGGGGCACCGAAGCAGACGAAGAAUCAGUCCCCCAGGCCGAAGAAGAAGAAGACGGCAGGAUCGGAAGGGGCUUCGGCCGAUGAGAUGACGAUGGCCGAUCGCCGUCGGGAGAAGAAGGUGGCCGAAGCUGAGGCCGUUCGGGAGGUCCAUCAGCAAAUGACAAGCAAGCGGAUGAUCGAGGGUGCCCUCGAUGCAACGCCGUUGCCGAAGCGGCCAAAGGGGCCGAAUGAAGGGACAUCGGUGCUGAUUCCCGAUGAUGAAGGAGAGGGAGAGGAGGGCCCGGUCAACAUAGCUUGCUCUCGGAAGGCGGUGCCGUUCAUCAAUUGCAUGAUCGAUGGCGCUCAGAUGGAGCUGUCAGAGAUCGAGCAGUUGUCGAUGAAGACACUGCGUGAGCAGACCGGACGCGCCUUCCGGCUUCAGGCUGCAGGUGAAAUGGAAAUGUGGCUAUGCGCAAAGCGGGCCAUGAAUGCUGCCGAACGGUACCAGAAGAGGUUUGAGGAGGGCCGUUCGAAGAUAGCCGAUGCCGGAAAGAUGCUCCAGGAGGCGGAUCGGCGUGCCGAGGAGAAUGCUGCUAAGAUUGCCGAGCUUGCGGCGAAGCUAGCGGCGACUGAGCUGGAGGUGGUGGCCGCUCAGGAGGCCAGGGCCGCGGUGGAGGUGGCCAUGGAUGCGGCCGAACGGUCGCAUGUCAAGGAGCUGGGAGAGGCGAAGGCGAAAUCCGUUGCCGACUACCGAGCGUCGGAGGAGUUCACGCGGCUGGUGGACAAAGAAGUCAUGGAGCAAUGUGACGACUUUGUCUACCGAUUCAAACGGUACAAUGCGGACAAGAAGCUGAACUUGAACUUCCUCCGGGAUCCGCCGCCGUUGCCAGAAGGGGUGACUGAAGAGAUGGUGGAGGCUUACAAGGGCGAGGAUGCUGAGCCCGUGGAAGCCGACGAGACCGAAUCGAGCAGCGAGGAGGAAGAAGGUCAUCCCGGGCCGAGGGCUGCCAAUGUGUCUCCUGCCGAGCCGUCGACUGGUCCUGUGCCUGUGUCAGCUGAUGCCGAUAUUGUAACGACCGAAGCCGAACCACCCUUCUCUUAG